AUGUUGCCCAGCUCUCUGGUCAGUGUGUAUCAAGAGUACAAGAAGGACACCAAUUUGGUGGCAUCAUGGCUCGCUUCGACAGCCAAGGUUUGCGGAUUUCCCGCUGAUCUGGUUCCAAUUCCAACUCCUCCAAAACAACCGAAAACGAGUGGUCGAUCGAAUGGAAAGCCCAGAAGGGGAGGCAAGAAGAAAGGGAAGGCAGGGUCUAGAGCUGCGCCUCAAGCCGCGACUACAUACGUCAUUGCGAUGAAGAACUUCAUUCCGCUGGCCGAAUGCAUCUCUGCUUCCAAAGACCCUGUCAUUUCGAUCCCAGUCGCAUUUUCCAUGGCACUCAACCGAGUCAUUGCGGUCAGGUCUAGGUUUGGCGAAAAACUCAGCGUGGACGGAGUGGAAGCCGAUGCCCAGUCUGUCGUCGAACAUUCCUACUUUGUUGGCGUCCUAGAGAAAGUCCGAGACCUUCUCAGCCCGCUCGUGUCUACAGCUGCUUCUACCUCCUCUGACUCCUCUGACCCCAUUGAAUCUUUGAACAGGUUUGAUGGUCUCGAGGUCUACGAACCGUCUGAAGCCUUCCUCAAUGCACCUGACAUUGAGAGACCUGGCAAGACUGGGGCAGAGAACAUCAUCUAUGAAGCCGAGCCACCACAUUCGCUUGAGGAUGCUCUUGUCGUUUUCUGGAUGAUGUUGGAUGAUUUGGCAAAAAUUCGAGACUUCAUCUCCAACACAUGGUCAGACUCUGUUGAAAGAGCGGACAAGUUUCUCGACCCGGCCGCUAUGGCCUUGGCGACAAACACCGGCAUUGAUUUCGCCAGAAUCCUCAUAGAAAACGCCUCGCCUGCAUUUGAGGAUUAUGGUGGCACUCACAGCGUCUGCAAAGAGUAUUUUGAGCGGCUUUUGGUCAAAAGAGGGUACUCUGGGGAGGAUAUCCGGGCAUGGACGCAAGGAGACACCAAACGUGACUUCUACAACGCCGCCUCGGGAUGCUACUUCAAUACCGGUAUCAUCAUCAAGUCUCUUGCCCGCUUCUUAUUCAAAGACUACGCCCCAAUCCAUCCAGACGGCGCAUUUGGGGUUUACGACACAGCAACUGAUUGGGAGGCCAAGACCGGGCACGAGAAGUUCAAAGAAGAUGAGAUGAUCCUCACCGAGCUGUUCAUGGAGGCAUUGACGAUUGUUCAUCACGUUCCCGAUUACCUCAUUGUGGAUGAAUUCAUCCGCGGGGUCCGGGAAUUCCAUGAAACCCAGAAGGUUCCGUUCUAUCUCACCUUUGCGGCCGAAAUGACACUCGACAUACACCACAGACUCAGAGGCCACGGUGAAACCUCAGCCACUAUUCUUUUGGACCGAUUGUCGAGCAUGAGUGAAACUCUUAAAUCGCACAUCAGAUUCCACGAGAAUUUGAAGACUCAUUUUGAGUCGACUGCCACCGACGAUUACCUCAAGGAUAGCCAAGAGUUCAUUGACGAGAUAAUACAGGAUCCUCUGCAUAUAUCGAAUAUAAAGUUUGAAGGCCCCCAGAGGCUUGAAUUACCGAAAACAAUCAAGAAGCAUCGACUCUUGAGGCUCUCUCCGAUUGUGGCUGGAUUGGUCUUGUAUCAUUGCCGAGCUUUGAUGCAUCAGAUCGGAAUUGCUGCUACUAAUGUAUGGCGCACCAUUAUACUGCCAGCACACCUUUACAACGCCGUUUCGAACGAGAGGUUGACUAGUUGUGUGUGGUACGAGAUGGAGCUUCUGUUCAAGGAGCUUGGGGAAGACCAGUUCUUCGUGGGGACAAGACCAACGAAUCGCGUGGACUAUAUCAAGCGAUUCCUGCUACAAAUUGGAGUUUCUGCAUCUUUUUUUCACAAACCGGAGGCGUCUAACGCCAGGGGCCGUACCGAACAGGUAUCACUACUCUAAAGCCGGUGGGCGAUUCAUCAAACUCGGUGCUACUGUUACCCGCGGUCUCCUGAC